UGGUGUGUCUGGAUGAACAAAUGAUUUUCUUGGUUUAAGGUAUGACGGCGUUUCGACAAUGAGCUGAUCAACAAUAAAUUGCGUUUUAAAUAAAUACUUCAAUCAAAAGCUUUUGGUUAAUACCGGUACGCUAAAAAUGGCAGAAGGCAGCAAGUACCUCACCUCUGGAUUCUGUGAGUCUGUCCUGCAGAGCAUGCAUUCUUUCUUCCUAGAAGGCCAGUUCUGUGACUUCAAGGUCAAAGUUGAAGGAAAAACAUUUCAGAUUCAUAAACUUGUGUUUGCAAGUUCCAGCGACUACUUUAAGGCUAUGUUGUCACAUGACAUGAUUGAAACCAGGGACGAAUGCACUGAACUAAAGGGAAUAACAUUGAAGGGGUUUGAACCCAUUUUGACGUACAUUUACAAAGGUUGUCUCGCUGUUGAUAUAAAAAAUAUACAAGAUGUGAUGGCAGCAGCCACUUUCUUACAGAUUCCUGGGGCCAUAGACCUCUGUACUAAGUUUUUAAAGGAGGAAUUGACCUUUGAAAAUGCUUAUGACCUUUUGAAAAUUGGUGAAAUGUUUGCAAUAUCAUCACUGCGGGAUUACUAUAGAAAUUAUUUAUUGAAGAAUUUCUUGAAAUUUGUUGAAUCAGAAACAUUCUUGAAAACUGACUCAGAAACUUUAGCAAAUUACUUAUCAGAUGAUGCCUUAGUGACUACAUCUGAGAGUGUACUUUUCCAUCAUUGUAUGCGUUGGUACGAACACGAUAUGAAAAACAGAGAACCUGUUGCUCACAGUGUGUUUGAGAAGGUUAGAUUGAGUUCUGAUGGAUGGCCUCUGAUUCACUUUGCAAAAGAACAAGAUCUCUUUAAAACAGACAAAAAGUGUCAGGAACUCAUUGAAUUCCAUGAACAAUUCAUGGAGAAAGCUACCAAACGUUAUUUUCUCAGUGAUAAUGAUAGGACCCGAGUACGUUCCUCGAGGCGUACAAUCAUUCAGAUUGGGGGAGUGAUGGAACCUGAUGAGAACUACGACUCUUUCCACGACAUGAUCACUCAGCCUGUGAACUCACUCUGCGGAUGGAACAUGAAUCACUAUUUUCAUCCAGAUCUGAAGUCUUGGUUUCCACUUGGUGGCUUGAGCAACUGGAUACAGCGGCUUUCACAUCAGAAAUUUGUUGAGGUUAAUGGUCACGGACUGAUGAUUGGAGGCUAUGAAUACCACAUCGCGGACGACACAGCCAACAAGAUUGCAAUCAGUGACGUUAGAAUGUUCUCCCCUCAACACAACUUCCAGUUCUGGGACAUGCCCAGUCUCCAACAUCCCAGGGCAAGGCAUGCCGCCGUCUACCUCAAUGGUUUCAUCUAUGCAAUAGCUGGUCGUGAUGACAAGCAGGUGUUGAAGUCCGUAGAGAGACUGGACUGUGAGGCGGAGACCUGGAGCUAUGUGCGAGCCUUACCCAGGAAGCUGUACGACCAUGCUGCAGCCGUCUGUGAGGGCAAGAUCUAUGUAUCAGGCGGGAUACACUCAAUUGAUGGGGAUGCAGUGAAGACAGUGUGGUGCUAUGAUCCAGCAAAAAACAACUGGAACAAAAGACAAAAUCUCAAUUGUGCGAGAGCAGGUCACGGCAUGGUGUGCCUGGAGGGCCAUCUGUAUGUGUGUGGGGGCUACAACGGACAGAGGGACGUGUCACACAACAGCGGCAACCUCCGCUGCCUGGUCUCUGUUGAAAUGUAUGAUGUGAAAACCAAUGUGUGGACCAAGCUGACCACCAUGAGACAAGGAAUUGCCUUCUUUGAAAUAACAGUGUUAGAUGGUCGUAUCCUAGUGAUGGGAGGUGUAGACACAGCGGGGCGCCUUACUCAGUACAUGCACGAGUUCAAUGCCACCAAAAACAAGUGGACAGUGUUUGGGGAGCUACCGCGACCAUUGAAGAAUGCAAGCUGUGGAGCUGUGGUCAUAAAGCUGACUGAUACUGGCUGCAUGGAGGAUGAAACAGACGAGUUUGUACAGCGCUAUACAGAAAUGUUUGAUGAUCACCAGCUGGCACAUAUGUCUGAGCAGGAGAGACUGGACAGGGAGCUGGCCAUGAGAAUGAUGGAGAACUUUGACCCUGGCGACUAUCUCCUUGACGACGAUGAGGACGAGGAUUAUGAUGAUGAGUAUGGUGACAUGUACUAUGGUGACAUAGGUUGCGUUGACGACUUUGGCGACUUAGGCGUCCAACUAAACAACGAUGAGGACGAGGAUUAGGAUGAUGAGUAUGGUGACAUGUACUAUGGUGACAUGGGUUGAACUGAGCUCAAUGAAAUAUGCCCUGCACUGGUAUAUUUUCAAUAAGCUGUCCCUGAUUCUUAUAUUAGUAGUGGCAGGUUUAAAGGAAAUUGUCAACAGAUUUUCUUAUUUUUGAAGUGUUAUUAAAAAUGUUUACUAAACAAUCUUAUUUUUUUAUAAUCUUUACUUAUUAGGAAAGAAAAAUAGUUAAAUAAAAAAAAAUGUCUUCCCUGAAAUUUGAACCAGGGACCUCUGGAAGCAAAAGUUCUUUUAUAACAUAUAUUGUUUGCUGAACAUAAUAUUUCUGUUUGUGUAACAAUUUUGGGGUGUUUUUUAUCGUGUUGAAUGAGACUUUAUUUUUUAACACAAUGCGAACUUGUUAAUACAUGUAACUAUAUUGUUUGAAAAAAAUAUGAACAAAUAUUGACAUGAUUAUUGUACAUGUAAUGUGUUUUUCCUGAUGGCUGAUGAUAGUAUGAGAAUGGUUGUUGUUAGUGAAUAAAUGUCUGUUAAAGUCGUUAUUUAUAACUGAAUAUGUGUAAAAAUAUACAUGUACUUAAAUUCAGUCGAUUGUGUGAAAAUAUUGAUUUUUUUAUGUUCCCGAAAGAGGGCAUAUAGUGAUUGGACUGUCCGUCUGUCCAUCUUUCCCUCACACUUCGCGUUUAGGUUUCUGCGUUUAGGUUUCAAAAAUUCUCAUAACUUUUAUGUCCCUUCAGAUAGCAACUUGAUAUUUGGCAUGCAUGUGUAUCUCAUGGAGCUGCACAUUUUGAGUGGUAAAAGUUUAAGGUCAUCUUUCAAGGUCAAAGGUAAAAAAAAAAAUACAAGAGAAGUAAUAAGCUUCAAAGGGAGAUAAUUAUCUGUACCUGCCAAAUAAUAAAAAACAAUAAAUCAAAGUGGCGCAGUAGGGGGCAUUGUGUUUCUGACAAACACAUCUCUUGUUUACUUAUUAAUUAUUGUUUGUGAAAUGUUUGCAUAUGUUAAAUUAUGAAUUAUUAUUAGUGAUAACGAAAAUGGUUAGUUAAGAAAUAUUUUAUUAAAACUUUUUUAACAGAUUGAUUUAGUAUUAUUGUUAAUCAAUAUAACGAUUUACAUUUUUUUAUUACUUAUUGAAAAAUGGGAACGUCUGUUUUACACCAGUUCCAUUUAUAUUUAAAUUUUGCUGAAUUAGCAAGCAUUAUAUGUUAUUAUAGCUUCAGUUUAAGUUUACAUUUUAUAGAUCUUUUUAGGGACUUAAAGGUGACAUUUCGUAUUAGAAAAGAAAAAACAAAACUAAUUUGGUUAAUUGUGGUUCAUGUGUUACCAUGAUAUAAUCUGAUACAUACCGUAAUUUGUUAUCUUAAACUUUAUAUGUAAUACAAAAAUGUAUAAUGAUUUUAUAAAAGAGUUGGAUUAAAAUCAUGUUUUGUAUACCGGUAUGCAAGAACUACAUUAGCUUUGGAAUGAAACCCAAAGCCACUAUCCCAUUGUUAAUGGCAUUAUUACAAGAUAAAGAUGUACAAUAGUGUUUUUAUUGAUAUUCUUGAGUUUAUGAUACUACGUUUUUGUCUACAAUUACUGUAUUAACAGAAUGCUUCAACGAUUCAUGUAUCACAUUUAAUAAAAAAUUGAAUGAAA